AUGGCUUCCCAAGCUGUCACCUCUGCUUUACAGCAGAUCGAGGCAGCAUCGGCCAACGAAAAGCCCUCGCAAUACACGGCUCUUCUCCAACAGAUUGUUGAGUCAUCGAACCAUGUCGCCGCCGAUCUGAACGCAUACGCACAAACUCUCCUCGACGACUCGCUAGGCAUAGUCGUCCUUCGACCACUUCUCGCUGCCUUUGUGGACGCGUUCCGGACUGUCCAAGACCCAGAUGCGAAAAUCGAAGUUGGAGAGAAGGUCAUCACACUCCUACAAUCCAAGGGUGCGGGCCAGUACGAAGAACAGGACACACAGAUCAAGCAUGCUCUAGCGGACGCAUUCGAACAGAACGACGACUUCAGACGGUCUGCGCAGACACUUGCAACGAUAAACCUCGAGUCAACACAAAAGUCUGUCUCCGCGGAUGACAAGGCAAAAGUUUGGAUCCGGAUAGUGCGGUGUUACUUGGAGGAAGAUGAUCCGACAAGCGCAUUCACACACCUGAAUAAGAUCAAGAACAUCAUAUUUAACGUACAGGACAAGACCACCAAGGUUAUGUUCCAGCUGAGUCAAGCUCGCAUCCUUGACUCGCAACGGUCCUUCCUCGAUGCCGCCCAGGGAUACUACACCUUAAGCAACGAGCCGCUGGUAGACACUGAUGAGCGGGACCGCUUUCUUGGAAGAGCCAUCAUCUGUACGGUCCUCGCUCCUGCUGGUCCCCAGCGAGGCAAAAUGUUGGCCAAGUUGUACAAGGACGACCGCGCCAGUUCUGCUGAAGACUACGCGAUCCUCGAGAAGAUUUUCUUGAACCGUCUUCUCACACCCGCUGAGAUCAAGGCCUUCUCUGCUAAGCUCGACCCUCACCACCUCGCCCGAGCCGCCGAUGGCCUGACUGUGCUAGACAAGGCUAUUCUCGAACACAACUUGCUCGGCGCAUCGAAGCUCUACAACAACAUUGGAUUUGAUCAGCUGGGCGAGCUAUUGGGCAUUGACGCGGAAAAGGCAGAGGACUAUGCCGCGAAGAUGUUAGAGCAAGGCCGACUUGCCGGAUACAUUGACCAAAUUGACCGAUACGUCUUCUUUGAGGGCGAGGCCAGUGGUGAGCGCAAGACCGGACAUGCAGAGCGUGUCGUCGGCAAGGAGCUACGGAAGUGGGAUGCCAACGUCACGGGCCUUGCCGAGGAGGUGGAGAAGGUCACUUCGAUGAUCCAGAACCAAUAUCCUGACUUCUAUGCGUCGCAGGUGGUGCACUAG